UGAAGAAAUUAAAUCUGUUGAUGAAGAAAAAAGAAGAUAAGGUGGCAAUUGUGAACCUAUAUAGGGCAAUUCAAUAUGGCCAACCAAAAGUUGCAAAGAAGAUUCUUACAAAUAGGUAUGGCUCUGUGGAGAUCUUCAACCCUAUGGACAUGUCCCCACUUAUGCAGGCAGUAUCACGUGGGGACCCACAGAUGGUGAGCCUGAUGCUGAGUGUGGGGGCUGAUGUGAAUGUGACCAGUUACAGAACUGGUAGAACAGCUCUCAUGAUGGCAUGCUUCAAAGGAGAAACGGGCAUUGCACAGCUGCUGAUAGAGCGUGGGGCAAGCUGGAAUAUCUGUGACAGGAGUGGUUGCACUGCUCUGCAUUAUGCAGUCGAUGGGUCACAGAUGGAGACAGUAGAGCUUGCUCUGCAUGAGGGUGCAGACAUAGAAGCCAAGGAUAUUGAACAGUGGACACCACUUAUGAGAGGAGUGGUAAUGGGAAGCUCAGUUCAAAUUCUCAAGAAACUGCUGGAGCGAGGUGCACUGUUAAACUGCAUAGAUCGUCAUGGACAAACAUGCCUCAUGCAGGCUGUUCUAUCAGGUCAUCAGGAUGUUGUAAAGCUCUUGAUGGAUUCAGGAGCAGAAUUGACUGCAUGCAAUGUUUACCAUAACACAGCUCUAGACCUGGCACUGGCAAAGGGCAUCCAGGAAGUAAUUUCAAUCCUAUCCCCCAGAAUGAAUGCAAGGAAGGACGUGAAGAAGUGGAAGAAGGUCAUUAAGGAGAUAUAAACAUAAGUGAUAAAGAACUUCGUGAGGUGAAAGGAAUACAGCAACUUCUCAA